AUGGACCGACUGCUGCCUGACUGUGUGAUAGCUUUGGCCGUACUGCUGUGUGUGGCUACACAGGUGUUGUGCCAGCUGUGUGACACUCCCUGCCUUUGCCCCAGUUCUGUCCCCCAGUGCCCCACAGGAGUCGCACUGGUACUGGAUGGCUGCCGGUGCUGCCAGGUGUGUGCCCGGCAGCGAGGCGAGUCCUGCACUGAGAGGUUUCCCUGCGACAGCCACAGAGGACUGCAGUGCGACUACAGCGCCAGCUUCCCCGGAGACCCUGGGGAGUGUGUCAGUCAGGAGGAUCUGCGCUGUGAAGUCAACGGCAUCACAUACCACGAGGGCCAGUCGUUUCAGCCCUCCUGUGACACUUACUGCCACUGCAGAGGUGGAGGGGUCAGCUGUGUGCCCACUUGUCCUCUGAAUAACCGUCUUCCCACUCCGGACUGUCCCAACCCACAACAUAUCCGGCUACCGGGAAAAUGCUGCAAGGAGUGGGUGUGUGAAAACCUAGAGAACACCGUCAUUCAGGAUGCCAUCACAGCCAUGAGACCCGGCAGGUUGUGGCCAGCUCUCCCGAUGGAUCACCCUCUAAAUAAACUGGUCCCACCUGCCUCCACCUGUAUAGAGCAGAGCACCAAGUGGAGCGCCUGUUCCCAGAGCUGUGGGGCUGGGGUCUCCACACGUGUCUCUAACCAGAACCCAGCCUGCAAGCUGCAAAUGGAAACUCGACUUUGUAAAGUGCAGCCUUGCCAUACAGGUCAGCACCUUUCAAGGAAACCCAUGUUUUUGUGUGUGUGUGUGUGUGUGUGUUCUGUUUUGGGACAACAGGGACAGUGCAAGGCCAGCUACACGUCACCAGGGCCCAUUCGGCUCGUUCACCAGGGCUGCUACAGCACCCGGGCCUACCAGCUCCGGUACUGCGGACAGUGCACCCACUCACGCUGCUGCACGCCUUAUCAGACCACCACGGCUGAGGUGACCUUCCGCUGCCCCACCGGCAGGCUGCUACAGAGGGCCGUGAUGAUGAUCCACUCCUGCGUUUGUCACAACAACUGCCCCUACUCACCUUACAGUAACCCUGCUCUGUGGGGAUACAGGCCCUGA